AGGAACUCGUACACGCUCUUUCAGAAUCUGUAAGCAAAAUUUGAAAUCGAAGAGGUUGGAAGUUAAUCAGAAAAACGCAGUUUUCUAAAUGGACUGGCUCCGAAAAUACUGAAAGGUUUUGAAAACUACUUUGAACUUAUAGCAUAUCAAAGUAGAAGAUUAUCUCAUGUAAAUAAUAUUGUGAAAGUCUGAGUUCAUACCUAAAGGACAAACAUAAAAAAUUCGUGUUUAGCCAUACAAGACCUGCAUAAAUUCAAUUGUUUGCUUAUAUAUACCAAUUAAAACUUCGAGCAGGAACCGAUACUAAAACGUAAACUCAUAUUGUCCUUUUCUUUUAUGCUUGAUUAUAGACGAUUCUUCGCCUGUCAGCAAUACAACAAACUGGAUGCUCAAUAUUUCAUCCAAUUUAACAAUUUCACAGCUGACUAUCCCCGGUACACAUGAUAGUGGCGCCAUACGUGGUGCUAGUCCGUUCAAAUGUCAAUCAAUGUCGAUUCGGCAACAACUCCAUUAUGGAAUACGAUUUGUUGACAUUCGUUGUAAAAUUGUUCGUCAAGAACUUCAUAUUUAUCAUCAAUUUAUUAAUAUGAGAACAAAAUUUAGUCAAGUGUUACAAGAUAUGGUUCAAUUUCUGACCGUAAAUCCAUCCGAAUGUUUAAUCAUGAGUGUCAAAGAAGAAGGUGUGCGACAUAAUAGUAAAUCAUUUGAAGAUCUGUAUGAUAAAUACAUCACGCAAUUUGGCAGAAACAAAUAUUUUUAUCAUCGUGCAACUAUCCCUAAACUGAGUGAAUGUCGUGGGAAAAUUGUUCUGUUUAGACGAUUUAAUGUCAAAAAGGUCUACAAACACGAGGAUGAACAAAAAGGAAUUGUAGUGGAAUGGGAGGAUAAUGAAAUGUCAAGAUCAUGUGGAAUUGUUAUGUGUUUCUAUAUACAAGAUCAAUUUAAUAUCGGUGAUGUGGAUCGAAAAUGGAAACAAAUUGAAACAACACUCAUGGAAGCUGAACAACAGACAUCAGCAUCUAGUUGGUUUAUUAAUUUCGCAAGUGCAACCGGUCUCAUGAAAAUUACCAAAUUGUUGCAACGUUUAACACCAAGAAAUUUUGCCAGAAAGAUAAAUCCAAGAAUAAUUCGAUUUUUCACAACAAAGUACAAAGAAAAGAAAAAGAAUAAAAGUCCAAUUCAUCGUCGAUAUGGAACGAUAUUAAUGGAUUUCGUUACGCCUGAGUUAAUAUAUAGUGUUAUAAAAAUCAAUUUUUGA